AUGGCAGACGUUGCAACCAUCAAAGUGCCUACAUCAUUCGCCUCGUGCUCUGUCGGCCUGCCGCGGCACAGUCUACCCCAAAAACUCGAAGCCAUUGCGUCUGGGGGCUUCGAGGCCAUCGAGCUCUCAUUUCCUGAUCUGCACUCGUUUGCAAGGCAGCAUCUCGGGAAGAAUGUGGCUGAAGACGACUACCCUUUGCUUUGCGAGGCAGGAAAAGAAGUCAAGAAGCUAUGCGAGCAGCACAACUUGAAAAUACUUAUGCUACAGCCGUUCGUGAACUUCGAAGGGUGGCCCGAGGGGAGCAAGGAGCGAGAGAAUGCGUUCGCCCGAGCACGUGGCUGGAUGGAUAUCAUGUCUGCUGUCGGCACGGAUAUGCUGCAGGUCGGCGCUUCAGACUCGCCAGGCAUCGCAACCUCUGUGGCAGAGCUUGCUUUGGACCUCGCCCUACUUGCAGACUUAUUGGCCAGUCGAGGCUUCCGCAUUGCCUACGAGAACUGGUGCUGGGCGACACGAUCCCCAAAUUGGAAGGAUGUCUUCACGGUGGUACGGAUGGCGAACCGUCCGAACCUUGGGCUCUGCCUCGACACAUUCCAAUCCGCUGGUGGGGAGUGGGGAGACCCAACGGCCAAGUCAGGAAGAAUCGAAACGGCGAAUAUCAGCGAGCAUGACCUGACCAUGAGCUAUCAGAUCAGUCUCGAUGAGCUCGUCCAGCUGGUCCCUCCCGAUAAGAUUUUCCUCCUGCAGAUCAGCGAUGCUUACCAUGUAGUUCCGCCACUCUCACCAGAACCCGACGAGAGCGGACUGCGUCCAAGGGGUCGCUGGAGCCACGACUAUCGGCCUUUGCCGUAUGACGGGGGGUAUCUACCUAUCAGUGCGUUUGUUAAAGCUGUUCUGGAAACGGGAUUUCGAGGUUGGUUCAGCAUGGAGGUGUUUGAUGGCAAGUUUGAGGAAAAGUACGGCGACGAUCUAAAAGAUUAUGCGAAAAGGGCAAUGUUGGCACACAACCGGCUGUUAGGAGAGUCUGUGGGCAAGUAG